UUGUUAGCUCAAAUAGUCUGCUCAGAUUACAGAUUACUGUCUGUCCUCAGGGGGGCGGGGCCUGAUGCCACUGACCACGCCCCCUGACCUCACACACACUGUGCGUGUGUGUGUGUGAUUAAGGUGGAUUUAGCAUGGUCCUGCUGUAGGAGCUGAGCAGCAGACAGUCGUCAGCUCUGAGACUUUGAUAAAAACUCAUCACUGCAGAGUCUUCCUCAGUGACUCCCUGCAGAUGUGGCUGAAAGCUUCAGAAAACCUUCUGGCCACUGUCCUCCUCUCAGUAAAAACUGUCCUGAGUAAAACUCCAGGAACCAACGAGCAGGUAAACACAUCAGAGAAGAGACUUAAACUCUCAGCAGGAGUUCAGGUUUUAUCAGCAGACAGCUGGACCUGAUCCAGCAGCACUGUCACACAGCCUCUCUCUGAUGUCAGGAGGUGACCUGGAGUCUGUCAGUGACAUCAUCAGCAGGUGACGCCCUUCCCAUGGUGUAAUGCUUCCACUGGGGGUCGCCAUGGGAGAUGAGUCUUACUCAGAAUGCCGAGCUCAGGAGCUGUACGAUGAGUUUGUGUCAGCGUCAACAUGCAGGACGGCACUGCGGACCUUCACCCAGCUGUGUGAACAUCUGCAGCUGGACCGGAGCGCGGCAGAGAGGCCACUGUACCAAAUCAUCAAACGCCGCCUCAAUUACUGGAGGGCCAACACUCUGUGGACCAAACUGGACCGGAGGGCCAAUCAGCAGGAGUACCUGAGGGCCCGGAUCUGCAACAACACCACGUGUGUGAUUAUCGGGGCCGGGCCCUGCGGUCUGAGGACGGCGGUGGAGCUGAGCUUCAUGGGAGCUCGGGUGGUGCUCCUGGAGAAGAGAGACUCGUUCUCCAGGAACAACGUGCUCCACCUGUGGCCCUUCACCAUCCACGACCUCCGGGGCCUCGGGGCCAAAAAGUUCUACGGAAAGUUUUGCGCCGGCUCCAUCGACCACAUCAGUAUCCGUCAGCUGCAGCUGGUCCUGCUAAAGGUCGCCUUACUGCUGGGGGUGGAAGUCCACGUCAACGUGGAGUUCAAAAACCUGGUGGAGCCGCCUGAAGACCAGCACAGACACAAGGUGGGCUGGAGAAUGGAGGUGAGUCCAAAGUCUCAUCCUGUCAAUCAGUUGGUGUUUGAUGUCAUCAUCGGAGCAGACGGACGCAGGAACACGUUGCCAGGUUUCAGACGUAAAGAGUUCAGAGGCAAACUGGCCAUCGCCAUCACAGCGAACUUUAAAAACAGAAACACCACAGCUGAGGCCAAAGUGGAGGAGAUCAGCGGAGUCGCUUUCAUCUUCAACCAGAGGUUCUUCCAGGAACUCCGACAGGAAACUGGGAUUGACCUGGAGAACAUUGUUUACUACAAAGACGACACUCACUACUUUGUGAUGACGGCAAAAAAACAGAGUCUGUUGGAGAAAGGCGUCAUUCUACAGGACUUCAGUGAUACCGAGCGGCUCCUCUCUCGGGGGAACGUGGACCAGAAUGCAUUGCAGGCAUAUGCCCGCGAAGCUGCCGACUUCUCCACCAAUCACCAGCUGCCGUCUCUUGACUUUGCCAUGAACCACUACGGUCAGCCGGACGUCGCCAUGUUCGACUUCACCUGCAUGUACGCAUCCGAGAAUGCCGCCAUGGUCCGCCAACGCCACGGACACCAGCUGCUUGUCACACUGGUGGGAGACAGCCUGCUGGAGCCAUUCUGGCCGAUGGGAACAGGUGUGGCUCGAGGGUUUCUGGCUGCUCUGGAUUCAGCCUGGAUGAUCAGGAGCUGGGCUCAGGGAGGAGUUCCUCUGGAUGUCCUGGCUGAGAGAGAGAAUCUGUACCGUCUCCUCCCUCAGACAACUCCAGAGAACAUGCAGAAGAACAUCAGUCUGUUCUCUGUGGAUCCAACAACACGAUACCUCAACGUCAACCCUCCGACCAUCACACCUGCACAGGUGAGACACCUGGUGGACACGGGAGAGGAGGUCGGGCUAAUUACAGACUGUGGUGACAUCAUCCGCCUGCCGUCACCCAGAAUCCUCAGAGAGGAGUCCUUCUCUCAGUCCAAUCAGCUGCUGACGUGGUGUCAGAAGCAGACUCAUGGUUACUAUGGCGUCACUGUUAACGACCUGACAACUUCUUGGAAGAGCGGCCUUGCUCUGUGUGCUCUGAUUCACCGAUACCGACCUGAUCUCAUAGACUUUGAGUCUCUGGACGAGUCAUCAGUGGAAGAAAACACUCGUCUGGGUUUCGACGUGGCUGAACGAGAGUUUGGGAUUUCUCCUCUGAUGACGGUGGAGGAGAUGUCAGCUGUGGGAGAACCAGACUCUCUCUCUAUGGUGAUGUACCUGAGUCAGUUCUACCAGCUGCUCAAAGACUCACCGCCCCCUGCUGGGUGUCUGUAUCAGAGUGCUGACCUGAGAUCAGCUCUCAUCACUCCAGCCUCCCUCCUCAGCAGACUAGGACACAGCCCAUCCAGGAAAAGAAACCCAAAGCUUCCUGUUAAUGAGCAGAAAGAUGCUGCAAGUAAAAAGAGGAAGACCAGUCGACCUGGUGAAGAGCAGCAGGAGUCAUGUGACCUGAACGGUGACAUUGACAGCCAGGUGGGUGACGAGGCGUUUGUGGGCAGGUCCAGUGGAUCCAGAGUUCGUCUGAUGGCCAAUCAGCUGCAGGCAAAGAUGGACGAGAACUUGUCUACCUGCAGGAGUUCUUCUUCCUCUGCUGCAGCGUUACGUCGACAGCAGGGGGAGGUGUUGUCCAGUCUCCCUCCCCCUUCAGAGUCUGCAGAGGCUGCUGCCCAGCCAUCGUCAUGGAGACCGAAGAAACGAACUCUACAACAGGAGCAGAUGAGUUUUCGAUUCAAAGAGAAGAUCAAGUCUCAGAGUGUCGUCAGCAGGGAUGAGCAGUGUCUGCAGAUGUACACUGGUGGAGUGAGCUCAUUGGCUGAGCAGAUAACCGAUCAAAUUCAGAGUCAGGAUGAAGUUAGUUUGUUUGCAGUGAGCUGCAGUGACGUCUGUUUCUUCUGUAAGAACAGAGUUUAUGUGAUGGAGCGUCUGAGUGCAGAGGGUUUGUUCUUCCAUCGCAGCUGUUUCCAGUGUGAUUUCUGCAGCAGCACGCUCAGACUGGCUGCCUACACCUACGACCAACACAGUGGGAGGUUUUACUGUCUUCAGCACUACGACUGUCGUCUGGACGCUCCGACUGUGAGGAAGAGACCAACAGCGUCUGACAGAGCCACUUCACACCGAACAUCAAUUGCGUCUCUGGCCUCAGCUCCCUCCCUCACUUCCACCGACUCUCUGAUCUCAGCCGACCAUCGUCGCUCCUCAGUGGUGUCUGUGAUGGCGGCGACGCCCGAGAGGAUUGAGCUGGAAAACUGCAGACAGAGCUCGACCAAGGUGGAGACGGAGCUACAGGAGGAGGCCGAGGAGCCCGAGGAGGUGUCAGAAGAGACCCUGAACCAGUUCAACCUGAACCUGGACCAGAAACACAACCACAGUUCAGAGUCUGAGAUGGAGGAGGAGGCGAGAGGAGGAAGUCAGCGACAUGUGACCUCAGAGGAGACCAAAGCUUCAUGGAGGGAAACUGUGCAGCUUCACCUCCACCUGAGAGACGAGGAGGAGGAUGAGGAGGAUGAAGGGGAUGAGGAGGAGGGAGGCAGUGAGGUGGAGACCAGUGAUGAGGGGGAGUACAGCCCCUGGGAGAUGGAGCGUCACUCAGGCCUGUGGCUCCUGUUAGAGGAGGAAACAGAGGAGGAGUUUCCCCCCCUCCCCUCUCAGAGCGUCUCCUCAGCUGCAGGAAGUGACACCACAUGCUCUGACACACCUGUGGAGCCGGACUCCACCUCCAGCCCGCUGCCCUGCGUCUCCUCCCCCACACCUUCAUCUGUAACUCCGCCCCCGGGGCCACGCCCUCCACCGUCUCCUUCAUCACCACACCUGACUCCACCCACAGCGAGGACAGAGACGCAGCUCCGCCCACCCAGCUCACGCCUACCAUCAUCAUGGAAACAGUCGCUCAGAGACGCGAGCCGCAGUCAUUUGAUGCCAUCAGCCCCGAACUGCCGCCACAGGAGAGAGAGGCGGAGUCAGAGAUGGAUGCGAGAAGGAGACAUAAAGGAGCUCGCAGCCUCCCCCCAAGCCUACUCCUCCCCCCUCUGCAGGGUGGGGGCGGGGCUUUCCUCCAGUCAAAGGGGCUGGGAGGCUCCACCCCCUGGACAGGUGGGGGUGGAAGGAGGUGGGGCCAGAGCUCUGUGGAGGGCGGUGUUCUCUGGAAACAAGAAGGAGAAGAAGAAGAAGAGGGGCAGGACUCUACCUUCAGAGAAGGUGAAGAAGGAAGCAGCCAAUCAGAGGAGAGCUGCAGAUGUGAUAGGACGUCUGAGUCUGACAGAAGAGUCUGAUCUGGACUCGUCCAUGCUGCUGCAGAGAUGUUCACUGACACCGACAAACAACAGACACUCUGUGAAGGACAGAGUCCUGCUGCAGGACUCUGACGGACAGUCCUCUUGUCCCACUGAGGUUUUGGGGGUCCUAGUCCAGCCAAAGGAGCCAUCCAGUCUGAGCAUGAAAGAGUCCUUGUUCCAAAGGGAACGAGAGAACGAAGACGUGGACCUGGAUGCAAAAAUCACCCGACGAGUUCAGAGAGCAGCUCGACGACAGGCCAAACAGGAACAACUGAAGAGACUCCACAAAGCCCAGAUGAUACAGAGACAGCUGCAGCAGGUGGAGGAGAAACAGAGGCAGCUGGAGGAGAGAGGAGUGAUGGUGGAGAAAGCUCUGAGAGGAGAAGCUGAUUACUGGGGAGACUCUAACGACAGUCAAGACAUCGACCUUCACCUGGGAGGACUGGGUAAACUGGAUAAUCCGGCUCUGAUGCAGCAGUGGUUCCAGCUGGUUCAGCAGAAGAACUCUCUGGUUCGAUACGAAUCUGAACUGAUGAUAUUUGCUCGAGAGCUGGAGCUGGAAGACAGACAGAGUCGACUGCAGCAGGGGCUCAGAGAGAGAAUGGCUGUGGAUGACCACCUGAAGGAGGACUGGCAACUGGUGGAGGAGCGUCUGAUCUUGGAGGAGAUGUUGGAGGUGGUGGAGCAGAGAGACGCUCUGGUUUCUCUGCUGGAGGAACAGAGACUGCAGGAACGACAGGAAGAUCAGGACCUGGAGGGGGUCAUGAUGACCCGGGCCCUGGGACUCAGUUAGACCUGGAACUGAUCUGAACUGGUUUGAACUAGUCUUCAGGUACUCUGCUGUACCUUAUCCAGUCUGGACACCAUGAAAACCAGAGACACACCAACAGCUGUUGGUCCCCAAAUCAGACAAGUAUAAAUUCAUUUUCUAACAGAACAGAAGCAGACCUGAGAACAGUCUGAAACAUGCUGAUGAUUGUUACUGGAGAUCAUUUUGACAUCAGUUAUACUCAACGUACAGAUAUGAAUUUGGACUCUUCUGCUCUUUGUGCAUUUUUUCCUUUUUGUUGAUUCAGAACAGCAGUUGAUUUAUCCACAGUCCUAGAUAACUGUUAGUGUUGGACAGUUCAUACCUGGUUCGUAGAGAACAGACUGGUUCAUAGAUCAUGUUGAUUCUUCCAACCCAAUCCCUCUCUUAGAGUCCAGAUAGAACAAAAAGCGUUACAGUUGUAAUUCAUGGAUGAAUUUUCAUUGAGUAAUUGAAGGACUUGUGUGUGCAGCUUGUUCUUUCCCCAGAAUCAGACAGAAACAAGAAGUUCAGAGUAGCUUCUGUGACUGAUCAUUUUCAUUUUAAUCACAAGUACAAACCAGAAUUAAAAUAGUUCAGAUGUUUUCUUUUGGAACACUUUGAUCCAAUGUCAGUAGAUCCACUGACCACCAGGGGGCGCUGGUCUGUUAUUAGAGCCAGUGACUGUAGCUGUCUGUGAAGCUGUGCACAGUUCAUCUGCAUUUAUAGUCGACACAAAGGUUUAGACCUCUCCACACACCUUACAGUGCUUUAUAGAAAUUGUAUAUAUAUUGAUAUAUACAUCUAUAUAAUUACACAUAAUUAUAUAUAUAUAUGUGAGGGCGACACAGUGGUGCAGUGGUUAGCACUAUUGCCUCACAGCACGAAGGUUCCGGUUCGCCUGGGGCUUUUCUAAGUGGAGUUUACAUGAUCUCCCUGUGCCUGUGUGGGUUCUCUCCGGGUUCUCCGGCUUCCUCCCACAGUCCAAAGACAUGCGGGUUAAAUGGUGACUCUAAAUUGGCUGUAGGUGUGAAUGUGAGUGUGAAUGGUUGUUUGUCUAUAUAUAUUAGCCCUGUGAUGGACUGGCAAGCCAUACAGGCUAUACUGCCUCUCGCCCAAUGACAGCUGGGAUAGGCUCCAGCCCCAGCCGCGACCCUUAACGGAUAUAGAUGAUGGAUGGAUGGAUAUUAUAUAUAAUUAUAGAGAUGUAUAUUAAUAUUCCAGAGCUGGGUAAUGGUCUGUUAAGAUUCUGUUCUGUUUAACAAUCCAAACUGCAUCAGUGAUAAUGCAUUAGAUAAAAUGUAAAAGGUUUAACUCAUCCUUUAUGUCUUAGCACAACAACUGAGUAAAUUUAACUAGUUAUUUGAGUAACUACUAAUUAACUGAAUAAGUAAUGAGUAGUGUGGUAGUUUCUCAGCUGUAUUAAUUCAGUUUGAUUGAUUAUUGUGCCAACAUCAUCAGCUGCUGAUCUCCUGUCUGCCUUAUCUCAUCGCCACCAGCCAUCUGAUCAAUAACUGUUGAUUAAUCCUGUUCAUAUGAACCUGUGUGACUGUUGGUUAUUAAUGUAACUUUAACUGUGAAACUGAAAUCUGACUUUAUAUAUUCUGCUGCAAUAAAGAGUUCAGGUGUGA